AUGUACUGGCUAAAUAGAACUAAGAGAGCAAGUGUAGCAGCAAGGUUUACUGCUGCAAUUGCACUUGUUGAGGUUCGAGCUAAGAAGCGAUUUAAUCAAGCUUGGUUUAGUGAAUUUCCUAAUUGGUUGGAGUAUAGCAUAGCAAAAGAUGCAGCAUUUUGUUUAUGUUGUUAUCUUUUCAAACCUGAUAUUGGAGAUCAAGCUGGUGGUGAUUCUUUUGUUGGUGAGGGUUUCUCAAAUUGGAAGAAAAAAGAAAAAAUUCAUACUCAUGUUGGAGGUCCUAAUAGUGUUCAUAGUCAAGCUUUGAGUAAAUGUCAAGACUUGUUAAAACAAGGACUUGCGUUUCGUUGGCAUGAUGAAUCUGAAAAUUCAAGUAACCAAGGAAAUUUUCUUGAACUUCUAAAGUUUCUUGCUGAUCAUAAUGAAGAUGUCAAAGUAGUUGCAUUGAGCAAUGCUCCACAAAAUCUCAAGUUGACAUCUCCUGAUAUUCAAAAAGACAUUGCAAAUGUGGCCGCAUUUGAAACUAUCAAUGUGAUUAUUAGAGAUCUUAGUGAUGCACUUUUUUCUAUUUUGAUUGAUGAAGCCCAUGACAUAUCAAUCAAGAAGAAAAUGACAGUUGUAAUACGAUAUGUUGACAAAAUGGGCCAAGUGAUUGAGCGCUUUUUGGGUAUUGAGCAUGUUGCUAAUACGAAUACUCUCUCACUCAAACAAGCUGUGGAAAAUUUAUUCUCUAGACUUAGAAUGAGUACUUCUAGAUUGCGGGGUCAAGGAUAUGAUGGGGCUAGUAAUAUGCAAGAUUUGGCACUUUUAACCGUGGCAAAGAAUCAUAAUCAAAUUAUUUUACUUUUCACUUUGGUUUCUAAUGUGGUGAAUGUUGUUGGACCAUCACGUAAACGUCGAGAUAUUGUUAGGGAGAAACAAGUUGCAAAAGUUACUGAGGCACUUAAUACUAGAGAGCUAUCUAGUAGGCAAGGCAUAAAUCAAGAAACUAAUCUUAAACAUGCUAGUGAUAUACGUUGGGGUUCACACUAUGUGGAGCUCAUGGUACUUAAUGAUCAACUUGUUAUCGACAUCCUAUGCGGUAGUGAGUUCUCAAUAUUAAAUGGAAUUUCCGAUCUUGCUAAGAAAAUGGCAGAGAGUGGAAGAGACAAAGUAUAUCCAUUGGUGUAUUUGCUCUUGACUUUAGCAUUAAUCUUACUUGUUGCAACUGCUACUGUUGAGAGGGUAUUUUCAGCUAUGAAUAUUGUGAAGAAUCGGUUGCGGAACCGAAUAGUGUCAUUCUCAACCGGCUUCUUUGGAUACUCUGUUCGUCCUUCAGUUUCAGAAGCCGCCAUGAAAGAAAGGGAUUGUUUAUGCCUCUCUUCGCCUUGUGCUUCGUUGUUACUUUCAUCUUUAUCAGACUCUGAUUCAUCAUCCUAA